CAGAGAAAACCGCAGCGAGACCUGCUGGCAGCCAAGUUCUUCUUAAAAAACACUCCCCAUUUCCUGUUUCAGGGGAGUUCCGGAGUUACUAUUCCAGCACAAAGUACCGUGACCAUGCAUGCACUCGGGGAGGACGGCGCAUCCCGGGAUCGAGGGAAGUGGAUCCCACGGCUGCCCCCACCCUCGGAGCAAGGACCAGGACGGAGGGAAGCGGAUCCCGGCCAGCUGCUCCCACCCCGGACGCUCGGGCAGUUCCGGCCCCGUGAUCUCCGCGCCCGCGGGGCAGCGGCUCCGCACCCAUGGAAUGCCGAGGGGGCGGCGGGCACGGCGGCUCCGCGGAGCGGGGGGCGGGAUCCCGCGAAGAUCUGUUCUCCAAUAUCUGGCUCUGGCGAGCGGUGGCUGGAGUCCUUAGUGCUGCUGUCAUUUUAAUUUCGUGUAUUCAGUUUGUAAACCUUUCUUCAGCCAAAGAUUUUCCUGUCUGUCCUUCCCUGGAAGUCUGCCCAUCAGGUUGGCUGUAUUUCCAGAGGAAAUGCUACUACCUGUCGGAGAAUGAAGCGGACUGGAACUCCAGUCAGAGCCACUGCUCUUUGCACAAUGCUUCCCUCCUGGUGAUCAAGAAUCAUCAGGAACUGAGUUUUAUGAUGAAGAUAACAAAGCAAGACCCAUGGAUUGGACUCUAUAAAAGAAAUGAAGAGUUCUUUUGGGUGAAUGGAAAAGCAUUAGACAAUGAACUAAUUGAGGUAAAAGGCUCUGGAAACUGUGCCUAUCUUGAGUCAAAAGGAGUCUCAGCCUCUGGAUGUUAUUUAACCAGGAAGUGGGUCUGUAGCUUGACCAUUAACUCAGUGCGAUGAAGGUGGACGAAGCCACCCCCUGACAUUUUCAUUUAUCUCUGAUGUGGUGUCUGCACAGUCUGUGUCAAUACUCUGCGACCUGGGAACAUGUCUCAGCUCCUGCCUAAAGGUGAAUGACUUUUCUGGUAGCCAGAAUUCUCCAGCCAUGGAGGAAGCCUCUGAUUUUUAAAGAUACCACUUAAAAGGUUUGCUCCAGCACCUUGAUAAGUCAUUUUCUUGCCCCAUUUUUCUAAGUACUGCCCAGCCUGUAGUUUCUUUUUGUUGUGUCAUCAGCAUUUCUUCCAUUAACCCUUCUUUUGGAGGAGCAGCUGCUCUUUCUUUUCCUUUUUGGUGUGCAUCUGGCAGUUUUUGUUCUGCUUUUCCCUCUGUGUGCAGGGAUGGGUGGUGAAGUGGGACUUUCUGAAGGUCUGCCAGUGCCUCUCAGAGAUAGGGGAAUGCAGGAAUAAGCACUGUUGUUUUAGGCAGGAUCAUAGCAGGUUUCCCUCUUCCGGUUUGAUGGGAUGUAUCUUGUGUGACUCUGCAUUGUAUUCAAUGUUUUCUUAAUGUUAUUUUACAUUAGCCUUGUUAAAUCCCAGUGAUAAUGCUGUCAAGCUGAUUUAUGUAGCUGCACUGGACCUGAAGUUAUCCUUCCCACAAGACUUAUUUUUGCCCCAAAAACCCCAGAAUAGAUAAGAAUAUUUAUUUACCUGAGGAUCUGUUCUGAUGGGGGGUAAAAGAGUUUGAACUGGAAAAGUAAUAGUGAAGCUGCAGGCAUUAAUGUUUAAAGUUAGAAAUAGUUCUCAGUACGAAUAGGCAAAAUCAGGAGAAGAGAAAAAGAGAAUUAACAGCAAAGGAGGUGUUUCUCUGUGGUUUCCUCGUGUCCUGUGACUGUCAGUGUGUGAAGCUUCCUAGCAAGUGGUACAUUUCUGGUUGGAUAAUGAGUGUUUCCAGAGAAGGAAGAAUGGGAAGUUCACCUUCCUCAUUUUCUGUGACAAUAGGACUUCACUGUAACAGGGCCACACAGUAUGGAUAUUGUCACCAACUUGUAACUUUAAGAUGUUUAUUAAUAUAUAAUCACUAAUUUUGCUGAACUACACUUUUUUAAUGGCUUAUAUUCUUUAUAGGCACAGUAACAGGACUCUACAGUGUGAAAAACCUAAUAAUCUGUGUAUUAACAUAUAUGUUGUGUUGGGAGGGUAUUAUUCUGCGAUGUUUUUAAAUUAACCUGGCUCUGAGGGAUAUGGUAUGUGCAAUAGUCCCAAAAAGAUACUCAAUAAAUAUCCUUACAGAGCCUCCGAAUUACAAUGGUUUGUGUCUUAAUAUUGUGCCAUUAAAAGUAUUUUUCAUUCUGGCACCAUUUGGGGAGGAAAAAACCCACCAGACAGAAGCAAAGUAAAAUAUUCAGGUUUUGAAUGUGAAAAAAUCUUUAAUUGUAAUGUUGGGGUUGACACAGAACAAGACAUUUGACCCAAAAAAUAAUGGAUUUCACUUCCCAACUCUUCAUAAUGUGUCAAACUUUUAACAGAAGUAUUUAACCUAAAUGUACUUGUGUGGAAAUGCUGAAAUAGGCACAGUGAAACACACACAGCAUGGUAAAUUUGGAGGGAUAACAUGGAAUUUUCCACAGUUCAUUAUUGGAAAUUUUUCUGAGAAUAUUUGCAUUGGGGACAUAGUAGAGGUACAUUUCACAAAUUGGAUAGAAAUUGUGAUGGAUAAGGAGUAUUCAUUUACCAUUUUGUGUCUCAGCCUUUCUAAUUGAGCUGAUUUACCUGAAUGUUUUCUUUAACUAAAGAAAAUAAAGUUGCUCUUACAGAAUCAUAGAGUGGCCUGGGUUGGAAGGGACCUUAAAGUUAUCAUCUCAUUCCAACCCCCUACCAUGGGCCGGGACACCUUCCACUAGCCCAAGUUGCUCCAAGCCCCAUCCAACCUGGCCUUGGACACUUCCAGGGAUGGGGCAGCCACAGCUUCUCUGGGCAACCUGUGCCAGGGCCUCCCCACCCUCACAGGGAAGAAUUUCUUCCCUAUAUCUAACCUGAAUUUCCCCUCUUUCAAUCUGAAGCCAAAUAGGUUUUUUUAUAAUUACAUUUACAUUUAUUAUUCUUUACAUUUACUUUUUUCUUUUUAAACAGGUUGGUUUGUUUUCCCAUCAGUGUCAUCUAUGGAGAGAGUCCAAAAAUAGGAAAUUUUGGUUCUGAAAGGGAGUUUGGAGAAACUGUGAGCACAGUCGGUUAUGAAAGCUCUUCUGUAAUCUGACUCUUAAGAGGUGCAGUUACCAUUCUCUUCUGUGAUGUUAAGAAACAAAGGGUCAAGCUAUAAACUCUACUCAUAGUAGGGUCUGAUGAAGUACUUCAAUAGCCAUUUUUUUUCUUUUUAAAUCAGUGACUGCUUAAAAAGUACGUAAGAGGUUCAGUAAGGCCCUGCAAAAACGUGUGUAAUUACAUGAGCAAUAGCAAGAAUGCUUAAAUAGUAGAUGUUUCAUGAAUGUUUUUUAAACCUAAACACCACUACUAAUCUAAGAGGGAACAAUCCAAUCCUCUUCCCCACACAUGUGCUGCACUGAGUUUGGGGGAUUUUUGUUGUUCUUGUUUCCUUUUACAUAACAGCAGUUUUUCAAAUGAGCUGCUGAUGCUGCAUUUUGGAGGGUAAAUCUGUGUCAGGGUUUUUUUUGUUUGAAGGGAAGUCACUGAAGGUACAGUUUGCUUUUUAAUCUGUAGCCCCAGAGUCCUCUAUUCUUUCAAAAGGAUUUGUUUCUCUCAUUGCUUAUAAGGACUUUAAUUACAGUCUGUGUGAUUUUUGUUAGAGUAACAUGUUCAAUUCAUUAAAUUUGUUCUUUUUUAAAAAAUAUAUGGAUGCAAUAAAGGCACUAAGUCAGA